AUGCGCGGGGGGGGAGGGGACGCGAACCCCACGGAGCCGCCGGCGCGCGGCCCCUCAUGGCCAAGCGGCGCGCGGAGCCCUUAAUGUGUCACGUGCCCGUGAAGCGGCUCCUGCGCGAGCCGUCGCUGCCCCGCGCGGGCGAGCGGCGCCCCCGGGCAGAGCCGGCGCGCGCGGGCCCGGCCGCGCCGAAGCGGCCGCUGGAGGAGGCGGAGGCGCCGCCGGGAAAGCGGCUCGGGGCCGGCGGCCCCCGCGCCCAGCCGGGGGACGCGGGCGGCGGGCGGCGGCGGCGCGGCGGGACCGCGGUGCCCCAGGACGCGCCGGCGGCGGAGGGACGCGCGGGCGGCCGGGCCAAGGAGCGGGCCGCCGCUGCCGCCGAGCAAGAGGAAGAAUUCUGUCAAUAUAACUCCUUUCUGUACUGGAGAGCACCGCUGCCUGCUAUUGAUUUGUCUGAUAUUCAGAACCUAGAUGAAGAGACUCCAUCGGACGCUAAAACUGCUGCAAGGACUGACACCACAGAGACUGAGAUGGAAACCUGAUCAGUUGUUUCAUAGCUGUGCAUCUGUUCCCAGGAAACUUGUUUCCAUCGAGAUUCAAGUUUUGUUCCUUGGGUGAAUAAUAAGCAUGCUUAUGCUGUCUCGGAGAAACUGUUGUGGCAGUCUUUAAAAGCAGAUUUGAGUUGCCUAAGGGGAUAGGAUAAACGCUAUUGGGUACUUAACAGUCAACUGCCUGAAGGUGUGCAGUAAGGAGGAGGCUGCAGUGUCUAAACAAGAAUACUUGAAAACAUGGAGGCAGACUAAAAGACGAAUACAGAAAAUUAGAACUUGGAGAUGCAAUUAAAAGAAACAAGUGGAUAUGUUACAUGUCAAAAGGAAAUAGAAAGUCAUUUUAUCUGUCCUGAACAAAAAAAAUGUGGUACCUGAAAGUGAAAUAUUUAACAUGUGAAUUUAUCAUAAAGCACACAAACUGUAGUGAUUUCUAAUGUGUUUUUUUUUCUGUACGAUAGCUAAACCAAAAAAUAAGAGUCUAUCAAAAUCAGACAAAACAUUCCCUUUUCUAUGCAAACCAAAAACCAAGUGUGGCAGAGAAGGGGAAGGAAAAGGGGCUACUUUCUGCCGAAAGCUGCCGCUGUUCUAAAAGGUUUCACAUACUCAUUGUGAAAAAGAUUUUUCACCUUCUCUUUUUCACAUUACGCACAACAGUGGGCACCCAGCUUUUAUGUUUUUGGUUCAUUCUGAAGUUACUGCUGUUCUUAGUCUUUGUGACGUUAGCUGUGAACCAGUUGAUAGCAUCUGAAUGACAGGUUUGGGCAGGUGUGUCAAGAAAAGUUAGUGCAAUAUAAAAAGACCACACACACUCUUUCAAUCUUUACUGAAUGAGGUGUAGUUUUUGCAGAGACUGUGAAUCUUGCAGAAAGUUUUUGCAGAAGUUCAAAUUCAAAAAGUAGUUUUUUGCUGUGAAAUACGAACUUAAUGUUUGUGAUUUGCAAUUUAUUUACAAACUGAAGUACAAUUAGAAAGACGUCUUUAAUAAUAGGCUGAAAUUGUAUGGGAAGAUUGUUACAUUUUGCAAAUGCGAUUUGUCUUUAAGGAUAGAAAACAAUGUAUUUUUUCUGUAAUCAUUAUGGAAAAAGGCAACUUUUGAAUUUUAUUUUUUUCUAAUAAUGUGUUUGCUAAAGAACAAUAAAGUUUCACCUGUGUGUAUCUGAAAACUUUGGCACUA